AAAGAAUCAAAAAAUUAAAUAAGAAAUUCUUUUUCCAUAAUUCCCUUGAAAUCAUGCAUAAAUAACCCAUUAUUUUCACCUUCUCCACAAAAGUUCUACAAUUUUUCUUGCUUUAACAAAAAAGAUAAAAAAAUAAAUACAAAGUGGAACACAAGAAGAUAAUGAGAACAAUGAUCAAGAUGAUGAUGGUGGUGGCGGUGGUUACGACGGUGAUCACGGCGGCGAUGGGCGGAGAGGUUUAUACGGUUGGUGAUAAGGCUGGUUGGACGAGCGUUGGUCAUGUGGAUUAUAAAACUUGGGCUUCUUCAAAGUUAUUUCAAGUUGGUGACACCAUUGUUUUUCGUUACAAUGAAAUAUUCCAUGACGUAGCAAGAGUUUCAUACACCGAUUUCAUAACAUGCAACGGUAGCAAGCCUUACACCACCUUCACCUCCGGCAACGACUCAUUUCCGAUCAAAUAUCCCGGCCACUACUUCUUCAUCUGCACCCAAUCCAACCACUGCCAAAUCGGCCAAAAAGUCGACAUUCGGGUACCCGUUUCAGGCGCGCACGACGCUCCUCAGCCCAUCGCCGCAGGCGUCCCCGCCCCAUUGCAACCGCUUCCGUUCCCCUACCCGCAACCUUAUGUUCCGGUACCAGCACCAGCACCGGCGCCAGUGACACCUUCUCUGGCGCCGGUGGCUCACUCCCCUGCGCCGGUGCCUCACUCCCAUGCACCGGUGCCUCAGUCUCCGGUGCCGGUGCCUUCUGUGGAUGAUGAGUCUUUGGCACCGACGAAGGCGGUUCCGGCACCGGAAAUUGCACCGGCGCAAGAGAAGAAUAUGGGUGGUCAACUAGGGUUUGGGUUUGAGAUUUGGUCAAUGAUGGUGGUUGUUUUUUAUUUGUUUGGGUUUGGUUUUUAGAGUGCAUGUA